GACUAUUACUAGUUUGCUGGACUGCUAAACAGAUUAUGGCACUAGGCUCUCAAUCGCGAAUGCAGUUGAAACACAAUAUUGGACCCUGCAUAGACACAAUUCAAGACAAGCUGUUUAUUCUAAGCCAAGACAUAUGGAGGUGUCCAGAGCUUGCAUAUGGGGAGAAACAGUCGCACGACAGGCUCGUUCGUUUUCUCUCUGAUGAUAAUUUAUGGGUAGUUGAAAGUCACUACAAACUGCCUACCGCAGUUAGGGCGACAUGGGGCCCAUUUGGUGGUAAAGACGGCGACAGAGCUUUGAAUGUGGGAUUCCUAUGCGAGUACGACGCGUUGCCAGGUAUUGGCCAUGCAUGUGGACACAACCUUAUUGCAGAAGUCGGUGUGGCUGCUGCACUAGGGCUGACUGGUGCAUUAGGAUUAGUAAGAGAACCAACGGACUGUCUGACUCCUCUCCGUGUAAAGGUGACAGUUCUUGGGACCCCAGCAGAAGAGGAUGGAGGAGGGAAGGUUGACCUCAUCCUGGCUGGGGCAUUUGAAGACAUGGAUGUUGUCUUCAUGGCUCACCCCGCUCAGCAGGAUGUUGCCUUCCUACCCUGUGUAUCCAUUACAGAUGUGACAGUGAAGUACCAUGGGAAGGCGUCUCAUGCUGCAGCGUACCCCUGGGAGGGGGUCAAUGCCCUGGAUGCAGCAGUGCUGGCGUACAACAGCCUGUCAGUUCUGAGGCAGCAGUUAAAGCCAGACUGGAGACUCCAUGGCAUCAUCAAACAUGGUGGAGUGAAGCCUAACAUCAUCCCAGCCUACACCGAGCUGGAGUACUACUUGCGCACUCCACUGGUCACGGACCUGUCUGACCUCAAAGCCAAGGCAGAGGCCUGCUUCAGGUCAGCUGCCAUGGCAACUGGUUGCCAAGUGGAGAUAACUUAUCCAAACCACACAUAUUCCAACAUCCUUCCCAACACCACCCUUGCACAGCUCUACGAAGAGAAUGGUCGAGCCUUGGGGAUUGAGUUUGUGGAAGUGCAGAACAAUUUCUCAGGUUCCACUGACUUUGGCAAUGUGUCAUUUGUCGUCCCCGGGAUACACCCUUUCUUUUACAUUGGCACCGAUGCGCUGAACCAUACUGAGGAGUAUACUGCAGCUGCAGGUGCAGAAAAGGCCCAGUUUUACACACUCCGGACGGCCAAGGCCCUGGCCAUGACAGCUGUGGAUGUGCUGUGCUGCCCUGAGCUGUUUAACAAGAUGAGGGAGGAAUUCUCUGAGGCCAAACUAAAGCAGGAGCAAGGACCGAAAGACAAGGACACUACUGGCUCCACACAUUCAUGAAAAAAACAUUGAUGACCUCGUGAUUAACAGGAAGUAUUGAAGCAUAAAGCAAAGCUUCUAAUGAGACACUACAGCAUUGCAAUUACUGUAAUAUGUCAAUUUCCAUGUCUUUACUUUGCAGUAGGCUAGUUCAAAAGGUGUUCUUCCAUUUCAGAUGCAAUGACUUCCUCUUUCUCAGAAAACAUCACAUUUAUUAAAUAUGUUUAACAAUGAUCACAACAUAGCUUUACAUAGGUGUGUUGAGUGAUUAUGC